AUGACUCAAAGUUCAGGUUCUACCACAACUCGAACUGUUGCUACAGUCAAACCUACCGCACCUAAACCGACAUCGAGAUAUCCGGCGGUCAAUAACAUUCGGCUUCCCAAAAAUAUUGUUCCAAUUCAGUACUGGUUUUCUUUGGAUGUAGAUAUGAUUGGCUUGCAGUUUACUGGCCAAAAUGAUAUCGAAAUCUCCGUUACUUCACAAACGAAUAUCAUUAUUGUUCAUAUGAAGCAAAUGACAUUAGUAGGUUCCCCAGUGGUUUCGUCUACACGUAAUUUUGGCAACCCGUUAACGAUAUCCGAACAUAAUGCUUUUGCGCUAAAUGAUUAUUACUACAUUGUGCUGGCUAGCCCGCUUAAUCCUGGAAUCUAUUACGUCCGAUUUAAUUUUAGGGCAGCAUUAUCUACUGCGUUGAACGGCUUGUAUAAAAGUACUUACACAAAAUUGGAUGGCCGUGUAAUAAAUAUCGCAGCUAGCCAAUGUCAACCAACUGACGCACGUAAGAUUAUACCUCUCUUUGAUGAGCCUGAAUUGAAGGCCAAUUUUACAGCAACAAUCAUUACUCAAUCAAAUUAUACGAGCGUUCUAUGGAAUAUGCCAAUUCAAAGAAAUGUUACAAUACCUAAUCGCCCUGGUUUUAGAAGAUAUGACUACAACACCAGUGUUAGGAUGAGUUCGUACUUACUUGCAUUUGUGUUAGCCGAUUUUACUUACAUCGAAAUGAUGACCAAAAACAGAGUACCGAUAAGGGUUUGGGCAACUACCGAUACUAUCAAUCAGGGCAAUUUCGCUUUAAUUGGUGGUGUUAAUAUAACUGAUUACUUCGAAGAUUUUUUCGGUAUUCCUUUCCCAUUGCCGAAACAAGACAUGGUAGCAGUUCCUGACUUUGCUGCUGGGGCCAUGGAAAAUUGGGGUUUAAUUCUCUAUCGCGAAACUGCUUUAUUAUAUGAUCCAAAUGUCUCUGCAGCUAACAAUCAGCAACGUGUUGCUUAUGUAGUGGCUCAUGAAUUGGCUCAUAUGUGGUUUGGUAAUUUAGUCACUAUGAAGUGGUGGGAUGAUCUUUGGCUUAACGAAGGCUUUGCUAGUUUCAUGGAAUAUCUCGGCACUGAUCAUUAUCAACCUACAUGGGAAAUGCUCGAUCAAUUUGUACCUAUCGACGUACAGCGCGCCUUCUCUUUGGAUGCAUUUGUAACUUCACAUCCUGUCCAAGUUACUGUUUAUCAUCCCGACGAAAUUAAUGAAGUUUUCGACACAAUUUCUUACGCGAAGGGUGCAUCGAUCAUUAGAAUGAUGAGAGAUAUGAUGGGUAAUUUGGAUUUCAAGAAUGGCAUUUCGAGAUACUUAAAAAAAUUCGAAUAUCGGAAUGCUGUAACUCGAGAUCUUUGGCAAACUUUAUCGGAGGCCAUUUCUUACAGGAUAAAUGUUACUGAUGUUAUGGAUACUUGGACACUGCAAAUGGGAUUUCCUGUCGUUACUAUCACGAAUACAGGUUCUCAAGCUCGACUCUCACAAAAACGUUUCUUGUUGGAUCCCAAUAAUAAAAAUCCCGAGGUUGAUCCAGCAACCUCAAAAUUCAGGUCACCCUAUGGAUACAAGUGGAAUAUCCCGCUUAAAUACAUUCUUGGAAAUUCGCCGAACACAAUUCGAAGUGCAAUGGUUAACAUGAGUUCCAGUAAGCUACCUUGGCCAGCUGGUACUUGGCUGAAGGCCAACAAAGAUGCUUAUGGCUAUUACCGAGUUAACUAUCCAGUAAGUAAUUGGAAUCUCCUCAUCCAGGAAAUGCAGAAAACACAACCGGCAUUAUCAAAAAGAGAUUUCUCCAAUCUACUUGAUGACGCUUUUAAUCUUGCAAGUCUCCAAGUACUCGACAUCGCAUUUGGCACAACAAAGUAUCUUACGAAAGAAAGAAGCUAUGUUCCUUGGAGGACUGCAAACUCUGUACUUGGCGCUAUUGGAUCCAUCAUAUCAUAUCGUUCAUCCUACGGUUACUUUUCGGUUAGUGUAAAUGACAGAUAUCCAUCAAAUUUAAUCAGAUUAUUGCGUAUGUCGGCCUUAACUAUUGGUUGUGGAUUUGGAUACAAGCCAUGUUUAGAUAAUGCAACUUUGCUUUUCCGUCGCUUUAUGGCGGACCCCACAAAUAAUGCCGUAAAACCGAACUUGAAGGCGGUUGUAUACCGUUUUGGUAUAGCUAAUGGAGGUAUCGCAGAGUGGGAUUUCCUGUAUAAUUACUUCUAUAAAACGAAUGUCGCUUCCGAAAAACGAACUAUAUUAGAUGCUUUGUCAUAUUCAAAGGAACCGUGGAUUCUGAAUAGGUACUUAAGGUGGUCCAUUGAUCCUGCUAAAGUUCGUUCCCAAGAUUCUACUGUUGUUAUUGGUUACAUUGCCAAUAACUUGGUUGGCAGGCCUCUCGCAUGGGACUUCGUUCGUGCUAAUUGGGCAUAUAUUAGGAAAACGUAUGGCGGCAGUUUCUUUUCCUUUGGUAGCUUAAUCAGAAAUACUGCUGGACGGUUUGCAUCACAAUUUAGAUUGAAGCAGGCAAAUUUCUUCAGACAGAAUCCUGAUGUAGGCACAGGUGCUAACGCUGUUAAGCAGUCUGUUGAAAGUAUUAAGAACAGAAUUUCGUGGAUCAAUAGUUAUGAAAGAGUUGCAGAAGACUGGCUAAAAAGGAAUGUUUAA